AAUUUGCCUAUUUAUAUUUAUUGUAAAAUUAAUAGAUUAAAGUAAUAAUCUUAAAUUUGUUUGAAUAAUCAUUCAACAGUUUAUAGUCAACGUGAAUCAUUUGAUUUUUUUCAUAACUCUCUUUAGUGAAUUAUUCUACCAUCAAAGAAUUCAAUUUUCUGUUAUUUUUUUCCUAUCUUUUUAUUCUUUGGUUCGAACAGUUUACUACAACAAAAUAAGUAAACAAACGUUUAAAAAACAGUGAGAUUGGUGAUAAAUCCACACUUAUACAUUUAUACACCAUAAUCAUUUACUCGCUAAUUUAACUAAAUUUUGAUACUCAUCUAAUUUUUUCAUUUAUAAUUUUUGAUUUCAUCUUACGGGAUUCCACUUUUUUGACUAUAUGAUUGAUCUGGUCUGGUUUAUAUCCUAAAUUUUCACCUUUAAUCCAAUUAUUUCAGGUUUUAAUUUAUUGUAUUUUUUUGGAUACAACAUUGAGUUCAUUUAACACUAUUAUACAGCAACAGUUGAACAGACGCAAAUAGGAAGUUUUUGUUAUUUAACCAGGACUAAACGGCUUCAAAUACCAUUCAACGGUUUUUUUCUUGAUUAAAAAUGGUGGUAAUAUGUAAAGAAGAUGUUUUUGACUGGUUUAAGAAACUCUCUGGUGGGAAACGAAUAGAGCUGAUGUGUGGUCUCCUUAACCUUUGUAUACCCUUGGAAUGGAGAUUCUUUGCUACUUUUCUCGAACAAGCUGCUAAAAGAGAUUACAAUUCGCUUAAAGAAGCAGAAAUCAAAGCAAAUUCAUUAGAAGAACUAGAAAAACUCACCCAAUUAGAUUGGCUCGCUGCUGAUAUAGGACCUCAGCCAGAUGAUCACCAUCAUGUUGGUGAUGUAACUAAUGGUCAAUCUAUGAAUAUUAAUACUGGCGGAAUCUGUAAUGGUAACGUGAAUCAAUCUAUUCCAAUGAAUGGUGGAAGUGUAUCGAUUCAUAACAAUGACACAAAUUCAAUGGACAAACAUUUGAGCUCUGUUCGAUCAAAGAUUGUUGUAUAUCUGUGCUUAUUGAAUUCAACAAAUCGCGUUUGUGCCACUUUAGUGUACAAGGCUUUCCGAAGUCAACUUUGCCUUGAAAAUAUUUCUCGCCAUCUAUUUGGAUCUGUAAUGGACUCAUCGACGGCAAAUAGUUAUACAAAUGGGACUCAGACACCUUCCUGUACUCUUAAUUCAGUUUCUGGUAAAUCAGGAACUGGUGCUAAAGAGUCACCAACUAUACAUCACAAUAUAAAAUGUCAAUCCAAUGAACUUGGCUAUUCUCAUCUUGUAUUGGAUAAUAAAUUCUAUUCAGAGAUUGUUUUACUCCAUACGUUAGCUAUACAUCAUCCAGCUUUCACGUUUGAUCAACAAACUCUUCUCAGCGAACAGCUACAAAAAGUCCAACAAUGGAUGGAUGCUGUUAUGUUUGCUGCGGCAGCCACUGCCUCAGCUAAUUCUCUCUCCUCUUCCUCGACUCCUCCCAAUAUCCCGGUUGUGCCACCAACAACAUCCAUUACAGAUUUAAAUCAAUCUCAACUUGUCAAUUUAACUAGUAAACUAUCUCUUAAAUCAACCCUAAGUGAUCACAAAACAAGCUGUAUACCCUUACCUAGUGAAACACAAAAAACAUUACCAGCUCCUCCUCCCCCUCCUACUCUUACCACAACAACCACAACAAUAAUUGAAUCAUCUGCUAUUAAAGGCCAUUCACCGACCCCAGUAAUAGCCACAACAAGUUGCCAAAGCUGUUCUUACAAAUGCACAUGUAAUUUUAGUAACAAUAAUUCACUAGCCACUACACCUUCAUCCACACCGCCGCCAACCGCACUAUCUGGUCAACAUCCUAUUAAUCAUGUCGGUUCUGGGCAAUCGACAGUCUCUGCUCAACCAACAACUAUGUCAACAUCUCCUAUGCAUCCUUAUUGGUUCUAUUUUCCCCCUCCUCCCAUACCUACUCAAGCUCCUCUCAUUAAUGGUUACACUUCACCAGCUCAAGCAACAGAACAAUUAUUUAAUUAUUAUUACGCUGUAGCCAUGGCCGCUGCAGCAUCAACGUUCGGUAAUUCAGCAGCCUCUACAACACCCUAUUGGCCACAUUUUCAAGCUCCUAAUGGCCCAAUAACCGCAAGUCCUUUCACUGGAAUGCCAACACCUAUUACGACUGGGGUUAAUUCACUAGUUGCGGCAGCGGCAACAUUCCAGACUGCCAAAUCCUCUGUAGUUAGCUGUUAUAAUUGUGGUGCUUAUGGUCAUCAUGGAAAUGAAUGUAAACAAACAAAUUUUGACGAACAAAUGAUACGAAAUUGAGGUCACGAUUAAUCUAGUCAUAAGGAAGAAAUAACCAAAUAGCAAAUUUUUUGUUGGUCGAUUACCGUGUUAAGUCCAGUUGAUGGUUUAAGUGUCUACGAUUGGAAUCUAAAAUGUACCUGCUCUUCUCUCAUAUUUACAAAAGUGACAUUACACUUUCUCUAUCGUUUUCUCCCAAAGUUGCCAAUUUGUCAUUUAUACGAAUGUGUUUUUUUCAAGAGAAAUUUUUACUAGCCGAAAUUUAUUCGAAUAGUUGAUGAAUCGACUCAUUGAAUUUACAAUUAUUACAGAUGUACUCUGAUAAGAAAAAACAAGCAAGCUUCUCCCCUGUAAUUGUGCAAUUCCUUACCCAAGCUUGCGAGUGAAAGUUAGUCCUUAUCAUCAUAUCUAAAUUACAUCAACAUUGAUACCACCACCGCCGUCGUCAUUAAUGUCACCAUCCAUUAUCAACACAUUCACAAGUCCAUUUAAUUUUGAAGAGACCAGAGCAAAAGGAAAUCAUCAUGCACUUAUACCUGAUCAACUUUGUUUUCUGAAGAUGCCCCUUCAACUGCUUACUCUUCAUUCUUCAUCCUCUCAAUAACUAAAACUAUAUCGACAAUGUUCAGUUAAUUUUUGUUUUCAAUUUUAAUUCAGUUUGUUCAUUUUAUCUUUAAAAAAGAACCUUUUCUCGUAUUAACCUUUAA